CGGGCUCAGGGGCGCAUGCGCAGCAGAAUGCUCUUCGCGCUGCGGCGGUUUGAGGUCGCGGUCAGGCCGCUCCGCCGCGUUCGCUCCGCCAUGGCCCAGUCGGUGCAGUCCCUGGGCGGCCCGGCCCGGCGCCCGGCCUCGGUGCUGGGCACCAUGGAGUUCGGGCGCCGCACGGACCAGGAGGCGAGCGGGGCGCUGCUGCGGGCCUUCCUGGAGCGGGGGCACCGGGAGCUGGACACGGCCCAUAUGUACGGGGGGGGCGCGUCCGAGCGCAUCCUGGGGGCGCUGCUGGCGGGCGGCGACGGGCCCGCAGUGAAGAUGGCAACCAAAGCCAAUCCAUGGGAGGGGAAGACUCUGAAGCCUGAGAGUGUCAGGUCUCAGCUGGAGACAUCCCUUGAGAGGUUACAGAUGAAGAGCGUAGACUUGUUCUAUCUCCAUGCCCCUGACCACAACACCCCUGUGGAACAGACACUACAUGCCUGCAAUGAGCUAUACAAGGAGGGAAAGUUUAAGGAGCUUGGUCUGUCAAACUAUGCAGCUUGGGAGGUGGCAGAAAUCUAUACCAUCUGCAAGUACAACAACUGGGUGCUUCCAACUGUGUAUCAGGGCAUGUACAAUGCAACCACUCGCCAAGUGGAAACCGAGCUGUUGCCGUGCCUUAGACACUGUGGAAUGCGGUUCUAUGCCUACAAUCCUUUGGCUGGAGGGCUGCUGACAGGGAAGUACAAGUAUGACGAUAAAGACACAGGCCAACCGACUGGCAGGUUUUUUGGAAAUGAUUGGGCACAGACCUACAGGGACAGAUACUGGAAGGAGCACCAUUUCCAAGCCAUUGCCCAGGUAGAGAAAGCAUUAGGGGAGGCUUACGGCUCUAACCCCCCCAGCCUAACUUCAGCUGCUUUACGCUGGAUGUACAACCACUCCAAACUUCAGGGUGCCCUUGGAGAUGCAGUGAUCAUUGGGAUGUCCAACAUGGAUCAGCUGCAGCAGAACCUCACGUGCAGUGAAGAGGGCCCUCUGCUCCCAGCUGUGGUGGAAGCAUUUGAUAGAGCCUGGCACCUAGUAACACAUGACUGUCCCAACUACUUCCGCUAGAAAAUGGGGGUAGCAAAUUUAGUGUGGGGAUGGUAACCAAGUAUUCUGGCAUCUGAGACCUCCUAACUCCUCCCAAAGCGUUUCAGAGGAAACUUCACCCUUGGAUCAGGGGUUCCACGUAGUGAACGUAUUGGUGCCACACUGGGGUUGCCUUACACUAGAGUUGAAGCUCUUCGUACAAUCACAAGCCUCACUGUUUCUGUGCUGAUUGAAUGGCAGCUGCACAUGGUGUUCAAGCCAUAAUGUGUCUUGUUUUUCCUUAAACAAAACUAAAAGCCAUAAUUGCCAUGAGAAUGUCCCUUAAUAGGGCAGCUCCUAUUUUCACCCGAGCGCACACAAUAGUGUUGUGAUUCAGUGAUGUAAUUCGUAUAAGGAACGGGCCCUGUGAUAUGGCCAGUUGAAGUCUCCAACUACGACUGUGGAUGUUUUGUCUUCAGUCAUCUGUUAGAAAAUGCUUUAUUCUGACUCAGGCCAUGCCUGUUAAAUUGAAUUUUGGGUUUCGUUUUGAAUUUCUGCGGCAAGCUGUUUUACUAACAGCCAAUCACAGUAGCAGUUACAAGGGCAGUUGUGCUUAAAGCAAUGGAGUUCCUUUUAGGAAGGGUGCAGGUUCCAAUUUUGCUUGUGCUGUUCACUCAUGAAGGGACUUUAGCCCAGUUACUUGUUCUGUUUCCAAGGCAACAGCUGUGUAAAUAAGCCUCUCUGAAGAGGAGAGAGGAACUUCAAAGUGCAAACUAGGCCACCUGAAACUGUCUUAAGCCAUCAGAAUUUCAGCCCAGGUGCAGGCUUCCUAACACAUGUUAAAUAGUAGAACUGCAGAAAUAACCUUAAUGUAGUUUGUUGGCUCAGGAAGGGGAACUAUCCUGCCCAUUAAGUAACUGUUUAAAUAGCACUUUGUUUACGCUAGUCUAGCUAGGUAACUUCCUCAAUUCUAAAAAAAAAAAAAAGGAAAGGCGUACUUGUGGCACCUUAGAGACUAACAAAUUUAUUAGUGCGUAAGUUUGCAUCCGAUGAAGUGAGCUGUAGCUCACAAAAGCUCAUGCUCUAAUAAAUUUAUUAAUCUCUAAGGUGCCACACGUACUCCUUUUCUUUUUAGGGAUACAGACUAACACAGCUGCUUCUCUAAAUUCCUCAAUUCUGUUGACAACCCACUCAAACUGUGGACAGCAUACACAGGACCAGUCCUAGGGUUGCCAGUUUUGGUUGGUUAUUCCUGGAGGUUUCAUCACACAAAAAUCUUUAAUUGAAAAUUAAUCUUUAAUUCCUGGAAGCUCCAGAACAAUCCUGGAGGGCUGGCAACCCUAGUCCUACCUCUGGUGGAAUUUUCCAUAGGCAGUGUGUAACCUAAAGUUGUGGUUCAAUCUAGAUCAGUGAUUGCCAACUGGUAGAUUGUGAUCAUGGAGCCUUUGACAGUUGAUCUUAGUCUAGAGUUGCCAACCCUUCUGCAGCCAAACCGGGAGAUUGGUCACUAACAGUCCUAUGAGGCAGCUCUUGGGGGAGUCUCUGUAUGCUGCCCUUGUCUGCUGGCACCACCCUCUACAGCUUGCAUUGGCUGGGAAUGGGGAACAGCAGCCAAUGGAGUGGCGGGGGUGGUGCCUGCAGACAAGGGUAGUGUGCUGAGCUGCCUCUCUUUCUGCACCCAGGAGCUGCUGCUGGACAUGCUGGCCAAAUUCCUCCUGCACUCCAAGCCCCCCACCCAAACUCCCUCCUAGAGCCUGCAGCCCCUCUUGCACCUGAAACUCCCUCCCUCAGAGCCUGCACCCCAACCCCCACCACAGGCUCAGCCCAGAGUUCCUUCCCCACAGAACUCCUUAGCCCAAGCCCUGAGUCUGUCCAGGGGAAGGAGGGAGGGGGGAUGGAAUGAGCGGGGCAAGGGUGUUUGGGUUUGUGGUUACUGUUCCUUCUUUAUUUUCUUUGAGGUAGCUCCUGGGUUGCACUUAAAUUCAAAAAGUGGUAUUGUGCUUAAAAAGGUUGGAGACCACUGAUCUAGACACUUGCAAGUACCAUAGGCACUAAUUAUAACUGGUCAUGUGACUACUUUACCACCACAGUGCCCCCUUCUGUCUUGGUCAUGUAGUUGCAACCUCAGUUCUGCUUCCUAAAGUCUUAACUACAGGAUUUUGCCUGCUUCUACAGAUUGAGUAUUGUACACAUAUACUCACUUCCACAGCAGCUCUACUUCAGAGGUUAGUUACACCAACAUUUAAAGUAUAACCUUUAGGACUCUUUCCCCUUUUUAAAAAAAAAAAAAAAUUACUCAUUCCCAUAAAGCCUUGGAAGUGCUGGGCCAAGAAUCAGUUACAGGAAAAUCACAGGUAUUCUAUACUAGAAGUUGGAGAGAAGAUAAUUCUUCUAUUUCAGCGGUUUUCAACCUGUAGUCCACACAUCCCCUGGGGUCUGAAGACUAUGUCUAGGGGGUCUGCCAAAGGUUGGCAUUACCGUAGAACAGUGGUUUUCAACCUGUGGUCUGCAGACUGUUUAAGAUUUUCAAAGGGGUCUGCACCUCCACUUGAAAUUUUUUAGGGGCCUGCAAAUGAAAAAAGGUUAAACUGCUGCUCUGUUACCAUUCUACACCGAGAAAUAGGGAAGCUGCAGUAGUUCUGGUGAUGCACUGUUCUUAAACAGGCUCAGUGAAGACAGAAGGAACUUACUAAAAGAUGGCACAGGAAACUAGCUUAGUCACUACACUUCAUCCUUUGGCUUCAGUGGUAAUUUAGUCAGUAUCUGCCCUCAAAGGAAUAGUCUAGAUUGUUCUCUUAGCUUUUGAAUUAAGACAAAACCCAACCUUCUAGGGAUCCUAGGAAAUAUGAAUUAGCACCUUCUCCUUUGGAGACAAGUUGCAUUUAAAUAGUUGCUCUCUAUAUAACUGUCAUUUCUAAUGCAAAGUGAGCAGUUCAAAAGCAAUUUUCUGUAGGGGGAAGGAUUAUGGGGCGGUGAAGUAGAUUUGCUGAGUUCAAGUCUGAACAAUAAACACAGAGUGGAAAGGGUUUUACUUCUUACGUGAAACUUGAGCAUCCCUGAACGAGGAGAAAAUGUGCAGAACCUGAGAACAGGCUCAAAGAGGCUGCACAGGCAGGGAUCCAAAAUUUCUACUUAAUUUUAUAUAUAAACCAUUUGCAUCAUCUUUGAUAAAUAGCAAGUCUGUGGGUUGAUCAACUUUGUCCUGCUGCAACUGAGGGAGAGUACCCAUGGGCUUCAGUGGACUAUUCUUGAAAUAGAACAAACUGUCUCUAAUGUCCUAUAGCAGGUCUUUCAGUUAGUUGCCAUUUUCUUCGUCGUCAUCCUCCUCCUCCUCCUCCAUCUCUGAGGUUUCUUCUGUCUCCUUCACCAACUGCUGGAAGUCUCCUGUCUCAGAAUGCCACAUGCCCUUGAUGGUCACUUUAAAUUCUGCCAUCUCAUAGCCAAAGAGUUUCUGAAAGGGAGACAGGAACUUGUCACUCAUACUGCUAGCCUCCUUGUGGCAAGGCUAGCUCUCACAUUAACUAACACCUUUAAACUGCAUUAUGACAAAACAGGGGAUGUAAGCAAGAAUCAAAGGGUGCAUUUUAAUAUAAGGAUAAGUUGUUCAACUUGAGCUAGACCAAAAGCAUGAAGCUAUUUUAAUGCAGACUUUUCCCUUCAAGCUCGAUUAGAUGGAUCCCUUCCUCAGUCCAUGCCACUCUCAGGCAGCUAUGAUUUUACUGCUGGUUUCAAAAUGCACAGUAUAAAACUAGAAUGCAAAGGUAGGAUUCAAAUCUCAACAUGCAAGCCAUUUAAUUCUUUUAGCAAUACCUGAUCUAUCAUCCAUUAGCCUGGUCAUUUCUCUGUGUGUUCUUAUAAUUUAAGCAAUACCUGUCUCAGCACAGGGUAUUUCUCAAGUUAUCAGCUGGGCUCCUUCGUUUGCACCUUGGACUAUUCUUCCAGCUGGUCAUUAAUCCCCAGUCAAGCAUUAUUGACUAGCAGCCAAAACAGCUCUUAAGGAUGCAUACAACCCUAAUGAACAGCAGCUAUUCAUUAUGGUUAAUAUCCAGAACUGGAGUAACUUGAUUUGAGCACAAAUGGUUUCACACACUGAAUAAAAUUUACUGGCCACACUAAUCUGUAAUUUCAGGAAAGAUCCACAGGACUUGUUACUGGGUGGAAAUAGUGGCUGCCCCUGAACUAUAGCUAGCUAACUGUGCUGCUAAUAUGUUACUCACCAAGACACGAGCCUGUUCAGGGGUCAGAACAUCCCCUUCCUUGCAGACUUCAUAAUCAGAAAGCAGUGUCACCACUCCUGCAGGCACAGGGAGGAAGAAGGGGAUCCAGUCAGGGGGAUGAAUACCACAUGAGGUUAGAGAAGAAAUGGAGCAGCUGUGGUAAUCAGAGCUCCCAGCCUGGUUCUCUAUUGCUGGCAGCAUAGAGUAAUGAAGCUUCAAUCCAGCAGCACAAUAAAUUGUUUUGAUUUUUACAUAGGCUGACCGUUCUUUGAGGAAAUGUAAUAUAAUGGAAGGCAUGUAUCAGUCGUUGAAAUUGAUAUGCAGUGUAAACCCACUUCAGCAACUAAUUUCUUAGCAGGUGUUUGCUUCAUGCCUAUCCUCUCCCAAAUGCUGAGUUCCCCUGGCUCCCCCAUUUUUAUGCAAUUACUAAUUCAGGCUGAUUCCUUCCUCCCAGUUCCUUUGACGGAAAUAACAGGAGACUUCACAUGACCGCCUGUGGCUUUGUCAAGGCAUAUAAUGAAGUAAAUAAAUCACAUCCUCCAUGAAAAAUCAUUGUGAUCUGCAGGUCAAGCCCAGCUGACUGAUAUGAAAAACCAAGGCAUACAGGAGAUGGGGCUUUCAUCAGGUGCUUGGCUUAUCCUGACCAGCUCUUAGAAACAAGAAUUUUAUGAUAUAGAACAAACAAACAAUUCCAGUGUCAACCAUAGGAGGAGAAAGGGGUUUUUAAUAUUAGAUGUUCCCUGCUGAACAUAUGCUCUGACUUCUGCUUCCAUCAUCUAACACUCACCCUGCCCGGCCUUCCUGCAUAUAUGCUGACCAAGAUGCUACCAACAUUUAUUGAAUAAAAGCCAGUAAAUCUGGAAUAAUUUUA